UACGACGGAGAGAGAAAGAAAGAUAAGUGGGGGACUGCAUACAUAUAGAGUCGGGGUGUAAUUUUAUGACAAGGACUCGGGGAAACAGAGGGACAGGAAGAUAGAGAGAGACAGAGAGAAGAAUCGGGAAGGGGGUGUAGAAGAUGGCAGAGCGGCGUGGAGGAGGAGGAUGUUGCCCGCCAAUGGAUCUGAUGAGGUCAGAGCCGAUGCAGCUGGUCCAACUUAUCAUCCCCGCCGAGUCCGCUCACCUCACCGUAGAUUACCUCGGCGAACUCGGGCUUGUUCAAUUUAAAGACCUGAAUGCUGAAAAGAGCCCAUUCCAGCGGACAUAUGCAACUCAGAUAAGAAGAUGUGGAGAGAUGGCUCGCAAAUUACGAUUUUUCAGGGAUCAAAUUUCAAGGGCAGGACUGUCACUUCCUACUGGAUCUGUAUCGGAAGCUGUUCUCAAUCUGGAUGAUUUGGAGAUAAAGCUUGGGGAACUUGAAGCUGAGCUAGUUGAAAUUAAUGCGAACAGUGAAAAGUUGCAGCGCUCCUAUAAUGAACUAGUAGAGUAUAAGCUUGUGUUGCAGAAGGCUGGUGAAUUUUUUCAGUCUGCUCAAAGAAGUGCCGAAGCACAACAAAGGGAGUAUGCAUCAAGUCAGAGUGCUGAAGAAUCCUUAGAAACUCCUCUUUUAGCAGAUCAGGAAACUGUAACAGACCCAUCCAAGCAAGUUAAGUUGGGGUCUAUCUCUGGACUUGUUCCUAGAGAGAAAUCCAUGGCAUUUGAGAGGAUUAUAUUCCGUGCUACCAGGGGUAAUGUGUUUCUGAGACAAGCAGUAGUUGAGGAGCUUGUCACUGAUCCUCUUUCGGGAGAGAAGGUUGAGAAGAAUGUGUUUGUUGUAUUUUUUUCUGGAGAAAGGGCCAAGAACAAGAUUCUUAAAAUAUGUGAAGCAUUUGGGGCUAAUCGUUACCCAUUCAAUGAAGACUUAAGCAAACAGGCUCAAGCAAUUACCGAGGUUUCAGGAAGACUUUUGGAGCUGAAGACCACAAUAGAUGCUGGACUGGUGCACCGUGGAAAUUUAUUGCAAUCUAUUGGAGAACAGUUUGAGCAAUGGAACCUUUUGGUGAGGAGGGAGAAAUCCAUUUACCAUACACUUAACAUGCUUAGCUUUGACGUAACUAAGAAGUGUCUGGUGGCUGAAGGUUGGAGCCCAAUUUUUGCAACAAAACAGAUACAGGAUGCACUGCAACGGGCAACAUAUGAUUCCAAUUCACAAGUUGGUGCCAUAUUUUGGGUUUUGCAUACUCGAGAGGCACCUCCUACAUAUUUUCGAACAAAUAAAGUUACUUCUGCAUUUCAAGAGAUUGUCGAUGCAUAUGGUGUGGCUAAGUAUCAAGAAGCAAAUCCUGGGGUAUUCACCAUUGUCACAUUCCCCUUCCUUUUUGCGGUCAUGUUUGGUGACUGGGGUCAUGGUAUAUGCCUGUUGGUUACAACAUUAUUCUUAAUAAUUCGGGAGCGGAAAUACUCCAGUGAGAAGCUUGGAGACAUCAUGGAAAUGACUUUUGGUGGGCGUUAUGUGAUUCUGCUAAUGUCACUUUUCUCAAUCUACACGGGGCUUAUCUACAACGAGUUCUUCUCUCUCCCAUUUGAAUUAUUUGGUCGCUCAGCAUAUGCAUGCCGUGAUGCUUCUUGCAGUGAAGCUACUACAGUAGGCUUAAUCAAGGCACGCGAUACUUAUCCAUUUGGUGUGGAUCCUGCAUGGCAUGGUACACGUAGUGAAUUGCCAUUCCUAAAUUCAUUAAAGAUGAAAAUGUCUAUACUUAUUGGUGUGGCCCAAAUGAACCUUGGGAUCAUAUUGAGCUUCUGCAAUGCUUUAUUCUUCAGGAACAGCAUUAAUGUAUGGUGCCAGUUUGUUCCUGAGAUGAUAUUUUUGAAUGGCCUCUUUGGCUACCUUUCCAUCCUGAUUAUUAUAAAGUGGUGGACUGGUUCACAAGCUGAUCUGUAUCAUGUCAUGAUAUACAUGUUCCUUGGUCCUACGGAUGAUCUGGGUGAAAAUCAGCUUUUCCCUGGCCAGAAGACAACUCAGAUUGUACUGGUGCUGCUGGCUCUUAUUUCUGUUCCAUGGAUGCUGAUUCCCAAGCCUUUCCUUCUGAAGUUGGAACACGAUAGACACCAUGGUCACUCUUAUGCUCCCCUCCAAGACACGGAAGAGUCUUUGCUGGUGGAGACAAAUCAAGAUUCACACGGCCAUGGAGAAUUCGAAUUCAGUGAAAUUUUUGUCCAUCAGCUUAUACAUACUAUAGAGUUUGUGCUUGGGGCUGUCUCAAAUACAGCAUCUUAUCUUCGUCUGUGGGCUCUCAGCCUUGCCCACUCGGAGUUAUCAAGUGUGUUCUAUGAGAAGGUUCUUCUCCUAGCUUGGGGGUUCAACAAUGUAAUCAUUUUAAUUGUGGGAAUCAUAGUAUUCAUCUUUGCAACUGUUGGAGUAUUGUUAGUGAUGGAAACAUUGAGUGCCUUCCUCCAUGCAUUGCGACUUCAUUGGGUGGAGUUUCAGAAUAAGUUUUAUGAGGGCGAUGGGUACAAGUUCCACCCGUUCUCGUUUGCCUUACUCAAUGAUGAGGAGGAUUGAAUAUAAGGCUCCAAAUAAUCUGGUUUUGCACAAAACAUGGAGUUGUCCGCAAUUAUUUUACUUGGAUGGACAUGUAUAAAAAAGGGCAUUGGGAAUGAAGGAACCUCCUCUACAGCUCUCUCUCUCUCGCUGGUGUUCUAGUCUUUUUUCAAAUAAUGAUUAUUAUAUGCGGAAUGCUGUUGUUCUUAGAGGUGGUGGUGCCUUCACGAUGUAUAAUUAUUCAAAGAUAAGAUGUCCACAUGCAUUGUAAUAUUUAUCGAUUUGUUUAUUUAGGUUUAUCCAAGUGUAUGCGCCAGUUGUUAAGAAAAUAAGGCUGUGCUCUCCCGUUUUUUUAGUACGAUGUUGGAUUCUUGGUUGCUGAUAGAGGACAUGCACAUCCUGAUUGCAAUUUGGGAAACGGCACUGAUAUAUUCUCUUUCAUUUCCUGCUUUA